GAAGAAGAAGGGGGCGGAGAGAGGCAUCGGGGGGGGCGGCGGGGAGGCCGGCAACCUGCAGCCCCCCGACCGCCCACGGAACUGAUUUGGUUUGGAGUAGUGACCUUCCUCUUCUUGUACUUUACAAUGAUGGAAGCCCGAGUCUUCUUGUGAAGGAUGCCCUUGUGAGUGAGAACUUGGUCACUGUAGCUGAAGCUGUAAAUAUCGGCUGACUGCCCGUCUUCCUGUCUAAACUGCACUUCAUGUAGACCUGAGGAUUAACACUGCUAACACAUCCACCUGUGCUGAGCCUCAUUCCUGUUAACUGGAUAGCACUGCCAAGACAUCGUGAACGGCGGAGCAAGAAGUUGGGGUUUGGAUUUUUUUUUUUUUUUAAAGAUGAACCCGUGUCUGUAGAGAUGAUUUACAGUUGGGUCACACUGGAGCUGACUGAAUGAAACUAUGGGCUGUGCCUCAGGCAAGCAUGUUUCCACUGUUCAAAACGAAGAGGAAGCCCAGAAAGGAAAAAACUACCAGAAUGGAGACGUAUUUGGCGAUGAGUAUAGAAUCAAACCUGUGGAAGAGGUCAAAUACAUGAAAAAUGGAGCAGAAGAUGAACAGAAAGUAGCAGUCAGGAACCAAGAAAACUUGGAAAAAAGUGCCAGUACAAAUGUAAGACUUAAACCUACUAAAGAGGUUCCCGGAUUGGUCCAUCAACCCAGAACAAACAUGCACAUCUCUGAAAGCCAACAAGAAUUCUUCAGAAUGCUGGAUGAAAAAAUUGAAAAGGGUCGCGAUUACUGUUCAGAAGAGGAGGAUGUCACAUAGUGCCAAUUCUGCCAGUCAGAACAGGAGUUACUACUGUGUAAAUAGAUUGCAGCCCAGUCAAGGUCUUUGGGAAGGUCUUCUCCAGGGAACAGCACUACAUAACAAAAGAAGAUCGUUUCCAUAUUGUAUGCCCUCAUUAAAUUACAGUGUUUCUUAACGAACUUGCAAAGGAAUAUGGUUAAGAACUAUUAUGGAACUGUCUUUGUUGCUGCUAGUUAAAACUUGUUGCAACUCUUCACUUCUCUGUGUCCAGGUAUGCAGCAAAACUCUUAAAUAUCACCUUAAAGACACUAUUGAUUUUACAGAGGCUGCCCGGCCUAUUUUCUAUCAGAUGAGGUAGUGGCAUAUAAGAAAGGAAACUUCCAUUCUAGACGUCCGAGCUCCUAAGACACACUCUCCCCCCUUAAGCUGUUUGUCGGUCCCAGAAUCGGAAUACGUAGCCUUACUGGCGAUUUUGAGCUUUGUAGAUGGGACGGUUGCUAAGGCGGGCCUCGUUUCUCUGCUCAGAAGAAACGGUAAACUUAUUAUCUAUUAAAAAAGCAUGUUGUCACAUGGGUCCUGGAAGUGAUUGCAAGAGCAGCAGUUUGUUUCAUUUCGUAGGUAUCUUAAUCGAGGACUAAGCUUGCAGUACUGGCUUUUGCUCCAAGGCAAAUGGACGUGUGAUCACAAUCAUUUUGAAUCCCUUUUUUUUCUAAGAAAAUAAACAUUUUACUGUUUUUAUGUA